UUUCCGGCCGGAGGGUUUUGCCGAGCGCCCCGCGUCCCUUGGGGGGCCGCGGUGGCGGUGGAGACGGCGGCUGGGGGGGCUCCGGAAGUCAACGCCAUGUCGAGUCUGCACCGGAGCCGGAUUGCAGAAUUCCAGGACGUGCUGAAGGAGCCCUCGAUCGCGUUGGAAAAGCUGCGGGAGCUCAGUUUUAGUGGCAUCCCCUGCGAGGGCGGACUGCGGUGCCUGUGCUGGAAGAUCCUCUUGAACUACCUGCCCCUGGAGAGAGCCUCAUGGACUUCCAUCCUGGCCAGGCAGAGGGAGUUGUAUUCUCAGUUCCUGAGGGAAAUGAUUAUCCAGCCUGGCAUUGCCAAGGCCAACAUGGGUGUGUCCAGGGAGGAUGUGACCUUUGAGGACCACCCGCUCAACCCCAGCCCGGACAGCCGGUGGAACACGUACUUCAAAGACAACGAGGUGCUGCUGCAGAUCGACAAAGACGUCCGGAGGCUGUACCCGGACAUCUCCUUCUUCCAGAGGGCCACCGAGUACCCGUGCCUCCUCAUCCUGGACCCCCAGAAUGAGUUUGAGACCCUUCGUAAGCGUGUGGAACAGACAACGCUAAAAUCCCAGACUGUGGCGCGGAACCGGAGCGGCGUCACAAAUAUGAGCUCCCCGCACAAGAACUCGGCGCCGUCGUCGCUGAAUGAGUACGAGGUGCUGCCCAAUGGCUGCGAGGCGCACUGGGAGGUGGUGGAGCGGAUCCUGUUCAUCUAUGCCAAGCUCAACCCUGGCAUUGCCUACGUGCAGGGCAUGAAUGAGAUCGUGGGGCCCCUGUACUAUACCUUUGCCACUGACCCCAACAGCGAGUGGAAAGAGCACGCCGAGGCAGACACCUUUUUCUGCUUCACCAACCUCAUGGCUGAAAUCCGGGACAACUUCAUCAAGAGCCUGGAUGACUCGCAGUGUGGCAUCACCUACAAGAUGGAAAAGGUGUAUUCCACUUUGAAGGAUAAGGACAUGGAACUCUACCUGAAGCUGCAAGAGCAGAACAUCAAGCCCCAGUUCUUCGCCUUCCGCUGGCUCAUGCUGCUGCUGUCCCAGGAGUUCUUGCUGCCCGACGUCAUCCGCAUCUGGGACACGCUCUUUGCCGAUGACAACCGCUUUGACUUCCUGCUCAUUGUCUGCUGUGCCAUGCUCAUCCUGAUCCGGGAGCAGUUGCUGGAAGGAGACUUCACCGUCAACAUGCGGCUGCUGCAGGGGCAUGUCGGUGGCUUUCCUCCGCCCAGGAUUACCCCAUCCACGACGUCUGCCAGAUCCUACAGAAAGCCAAGGAGCUCCAGGACUCACUGUAACUGGGCAGCCAGAGGCCGCCCGCCCCUGGGCCCUGGCUUCUGAGCCACACAGCCACGAAGCCAACAGGACCCCCGCCCGUGGGAACGCUGCAGGAUCGGCUACUCCGGGCCUUCUCGCCCUGGCUUCUCCAGCGGGCCGCUCCCGCCAGGGGCACACUGUGCCUGCUCUUCCCAGCUGCCGAGCCCUGGCUUGCUCCUGCUCUUCAGCCCUGGGACCCUGGGAACCUGGCCCUGGGCCCUGGUGCUGAGCAGGGCUGGAGCAGUGGAGUCGUUUCCUGGAGCUGGGACCGGAAACACCAGGAAGCUGCUGGGCUCCCGCUGCCCUGCUGUCCUCCUUUCUCCUUUCCUGCUUCCGGCCUUCCCCUGGUUGCUGGGUAGGGGAGGUGCGCGGCAAAUGGGCCCGAAACCGUUUCUUCUGGGGCUUGGUGCUUCGGCUGUUGCCCUGGGAGAGUGGCACUGGAGGCGUCUAGAGACUGCCAGGCCUGGCUCACGCCCUCAGUCCCUCCCGCCAAGCACGUGUCUGAUCUAGUGUCCGCUGGUGGUUAUGUGUCUCUCACCCCGGGGUCUCUGUUCCUCCUCCUUGGUCUCCGCCUCUCUGUCUCCAUCUCUUGUCUUUCCUCAGAGGGUGUGUGACUCUCUCCUCUCUGUUCCUCUCCCCCUGCCCUUCUCUCUUGGGGUGCCUUAUCCUGAGUCCCCCCCCUCCACUCCCCUGAAUCGAGGAGACAGAUUGAAGAGUGUGGCUUAGCAAGGCCUCCCCCCACUGCUAUCUGCCAUGCUGGGAGGGGGUCCUCAGAGCCUCCCGUGGUGACCCUGAACCUGCUCCCCAUGACAGACCCCAGAAACCAGCAGGUGUCACUUUGAGCCCAGGGUGGUGACCUGGGAGCAGAGCCGCCACAGGGUGCCCGCAGCCCUCCUGCGUUGCAGCUGCUCUGCUGAGCAAGGUCCGCAUGCGGCAGAGGCAUUGCCGUUCCCCAGCCUUCGGGGCCUGGCCGCAUGUGCUGUCCCUUGAAGGGCACGUGGGGCCGGAGAGGGCCCGCCUGGGGCCAGUGUGGCUGAGUGAAGGCUCUGCGGCCUGUCGCUUCCAGAGGAGGGCACCACUACCCCACAGGGGUGAGUGCGGGACAGGCCCUUCUCUCGUCACCUGCUGGGGCUCUUCCCAGGGCUUGGGUGGGCACGCUGAGCAGGGGUGCAGCUUGCUGUACCUGACAGCUCUGCCUGCUCUUUGAGGAGGGCAGGUAGUUGCGUCGGGAAGGCUAGUUAACCCGUCCUGAUGGCAGGCAGGGCCGGGCCCUGGCGCCCUCUUGCCCCUCGCGCCUUCCUCAGCCUGCACCACCUGCUGUGGGUCUGGAGGCUCCGUCCCAGGCUCUCCCUGGGACGCUGCUGGGACCGUAUGCACCUGCCUUUUUGUCUCUCCCGAUACAGUCUUUGGGACGGUUGCACUAUUUAUUCAGACUCUCAGCUAUUUAUUGCAGAUUGGUGAGUGCAGUGGGGCUGAGAAGGUAGAGCAGUUGGGGGAGCCUGUCCUCUUGAUUUCCUAAAGUCAGAAUCUCCUCCCCUUGGUCCUGGGGUCUUCCUGGUUUUCCAGCAGGCCCUGCCUGGGAGGUUCCUGGAGUGUGGGAGACCAGAGCUGGCACCCUCAUCAAACUCAUGGACCCCUGAGGUGGGGCAGUUAAAAGUGCUUCCCACCAGCCGGGGCCACCACCUACUUGUCAGCUGCUGGCUCAGUCCCUACUUGGACCUCUUAGCAGCCCGAGGCUUUGGCCACUGCCUGGGACCCAGCAGACACUGCCCAGGACACCUGAUGCGUUCCCUUUUGCCUGGACCCUGUCCUCCGGCCUGGGACCAUACUACUUGAAUCACUACAUCUGAUUGCCUCAGUGGCAGAGUGGGGUCCAGUGCUUUCUCCUUGGGCUUGACAGAAAGGUCAAGAGCCGAGGGGCAAUUUCUUGGUUCCCCAGCCCAGUCCACCUGAGCAAAGGACCUGCCCUGGCGAUUUCUCCCUCCCCAGUUUCUCAAGGGAGGCCCCACAGAGCCCGAGUGCCUGAAGCUCCUGCCUGGAAGCUGCCCCCGGACUUUGGACAUUUCCAGGUUGGGCUGUCAACUCGGCAGGCCUCGCUCCAGAGAGUCCGUCAGACUGCUUCUGUUCUGUCAUCUUGUUCCUUCAAUCAGUGCUGUUGAUGACAGGUUGUCUUUAAUAAAUCAUGUGUUCUUU